UACGAAGCCGCCCCAAAAAGCUUUGUUUUCCUCUGCAGUAGUACAGACUCUUUAAAUUAUUAAAGGAUAAUAACGCCACCCCUUUUCACCAGAUACUUGACUCUUCCAACAAUGGAGGCUAAGGCUUUCAGCUUGCUCAAGUACUGGCGCGGCGGUCGUGGACGCAGCCUCUCUUCAGGAGACGGCGAAUUUGCUGCUACUUCCACCGUCGGUAGAAAGACUGUUGAUAGUUCCGCUCGUCAGCAUUUCGCUGACUCGGACUCCGGCUCUGACGCAGAGGACGAUGGUCCCUUCUUUGACCUGCAAUUCACCGCCGUUACGGAGGAUGAAGACGACGGUGAAAAUGAGGAUAUGUAUGGUGAUGUUCAGUUUUCCGAGACAGACGGAAGAUGCAACUCCGGUGAACCAGACAGCGAGAGAGAAGGUGAGCUGAAGCUGGCCUUCUCACCAUCCUCUGCCUCCAACGUUGACGGCGGAAACAUUUCACCCUCUCCGCCGGACGGUAUCGUAACGGCCUCGGAAGUGAAUUCGAAAUUUCCGGUGUCUCUGUUGAAAUCAGCCACCAAAUUGAGAGUCCUAAUGCUGAAAUUGAAUAGGCCGAAACAGAAGGAUGAGAAAUUAGAGCGAAAUCCAAGGCAGAAAACUCAAAUUCGAGGAGAGAGGAUGUUUUUCAGGGUGAAAUUGAAGGUUGAAGAAGUGAAGAUUAGGUCAUUGUUUAAGCGAGACACCAGUACAAAUUCGAACGCCGAUGAAUCAAGCUCAGGAUCAUCAGAGGAGAGAAAAUCUUCAAAAGAAACGAUUCGCAAAUACUUGAAAUUGGUAAGGAGUUCGGGGAGCUUGAGCUUUUCCGGAGGUGCAACUACGGCAGGUGCAUGUCAUUUGCCGCCGCAGUCUACGGCGGAAAUUCUGGAAACAGAGCCGACGGAGUGUUCUGAGAAGGCGGCAGUGCUGAGAAACGCCAGGAGACAGAAGCGAGUGGCACCGCAAGCCCUGGUGAAAAGCCGAUCGGCGUCUUCGGCGGUGGCCGCUGCGCCGGUGUCAUCUAAGCGGCUUGACGACUCGUUGAAAGAGCAAAACGAUGGUAUUCAGGGCGCCAUUUUACAUUGCAAGAGAUCUUUGAACGCUUAAAUCUUAAUUAACAAGUAAAGAAUUCUUCUAAGGAAUAAUACUCCGUAAUCGUUAUCUCUAAUCCGGUUGAACUUGAGUUCACUGGGACGGUUAAUCGGCAUUUACAGGGAUGUCUUGCUCAGGAAGGUGUUACAUGUUGUAGUUGUUCGAUCUAAACUCAGUAAUAUUCCUCAAUGGCACACUCUAUCAAUGGAUUGACUCAAGUACACCACUUGGCAAUGUAUGUAAAUUGAUUAUAGGAGUAUUGUUUGGGUGUAUGUAAAUGUUUGUUACUCCCUCCGUCCCAUAUUUAUCUCUUGAAGUACAAAU